AUGAACCACUACACUUGCCAGACAUCUACCGAACAUCCAGACUCUCAAAAUUACCAAAGAUUCUCACCCUCACAGGGAUGGUCCAUCGCAGACUCACCAGAUUGGUGUGGGUUGGCUUCACGUUAUUGCCAAACACCUAUUGCCCCUAUUCCUAGCUUAUUCAGGAUUCCUGGUGUGGAAGACAAAGAAUUCUUUAUUCGCAAAUGCUAUGAGGAUCUAUUCCAGCUCCUAUCUGGGAGCUACUACAAUCUUCAGUCCAUGUUGAUCACAGGUCAGCAGGGCAUCGGUAAAAUGGUUGCUCUCUUCUAUGUAUUCUUACGCUUCCUUUCUGAAAGACCCACACAAGACAUAGCCUUUGUCGAUGGGAAAACGGUUUAUCUCUUCAUUGACCAGGAAGUUUACCAAUGGGAUAUCACAGAUGUCCCAUAUCUCCCAGAACGCCUCGAUGAUUAUUCUCCCCUGAUGGUUUUUGUCAGAAUGGAUAAUUCAUCGGCUUGCCUUCCUGUAACACUUUGGGAGGGCAACAUUGUCAUGCAAGCGACUUUGUUCGGGAGGGACAAUCACCUUUGGGCCAGGAGCCUACCAUUGAUUACAACUGUUCCAUUUUUCAACUGCGAUGAAUUUAUCAAUGCAUUCACCUGCAGUCUCUCGGGUAGGAAUUUCCUGAAGGAGCUUGACCAAAUGGUGAGGAAAUUACCACUCGAUAACAGUCAAGACUCUCCGACUACUGGAACCCUCUUGCAUCUGGGGGACUCGCAGAACUCGGAUGUGAUAUUGGAUGUGUUGGAUAACUUCAAAGAAUAUGUGGCAAAGGUAGCAGUCGAAGGCAGCGAGCAACAAGUGAUUCAUUUGGAGCUUGAUAUAGAAGAAGCUGACGAAUCUGACCUUAGUCUCCAAGGCUCUCAGUCUGCUGCAACGCCUAUACCUGCCAUCUUGCCUUAUGCAUUGACCGAGCAGUCACACAUUGUGGGUAUCCUCUUCAGCAUGGACGAGAGAAUGAGAGUCACUGUCCUCGUGGACAACGCAGUCGAGAUGUUUGGUCCAAUUCCCUGGGAUGUCUUCGAAGCAAUUUUAUGCCCUACUGACACGGAUCUGGGACUAAUGUGGGCCUUGCAUGACUUCUCAGCACAAACAUUAAAUAAUGUCACAAAGAUCCUCUCACACUCCUGGAGUUCGAGCCUCUUGGAAGAGAUUCAUCGCUAA